AGUUGGCGCGUUUUAAAAAAACAGCAAAGAGUUUUUAUUUAUCUCUCGGGUUACCGACAUUCAUUGUGAUAGGUCUCUAGGCCACAGCCGACUAUACGUGAGAGGAUAAUUUGGUGAUUCACAUGAAAUAGAUUACAGGAUAAAAUGACUGGAUACCAAGACCAUUACAAAGUUUUGGGAGUGAAGAGUAAUGCUACCUUACAGCAAAUAAAAAAAGCCUACUACGAAAUGGCACGACGUUACCAUCCAGACAAGAACAAAAACGGAGAGGAGCAAUUUAAGAAGGUACAGACCGCAUAUAGCGUCUUGAAAGAUCCACAAAAACGAGCCGAAUUCGAUCAGAUCUACAAACGAAACAAGAAAAAUUCACAACAGAAUUCCUUUCAAAAAUUCUUCCAAAGGAAAUCGAAGAGCCAAACCAGGAAAAACCCGCCCAAAUCAAGCAACGAUUCCUUCCACAACGAAUUUGAAAGCCCUAAAUGGAAAAAUUCGCAAAAAAUGAAAACUGUUUUCAUCAUCGCAGGCACUAUGGUUUUUGCAUAUUGCACCUAUAAAAUGAUUAAGAACAGAAGAGCGGCGCGUUUAGCGGAGAUGGUUUUGGUUGCCAUUUCAGAAGACAAAAUUGUGGAACCGCUUGCAGCAGGAGAGGCCAUCAGGAAAGGACUUUUAGACUCGUCCGCUUCAGUUCUUCCCGCCGCGACUGAUGUGAUAAAUGGCCAAAUAAACAACACCUGGACUUUGGGCACAUCGCUAUUUCAAUCUGCCAAAACCGCAACGGAAGCGACUUUUACAGAAAUAUCUAAGAUCUGGGACCAAACUGCCACCGCCUUUCCUACUUCUACCAGCGCAGUAGCUAGCGCCACUGCAGAAGGUGUUUCGAAGAUCUGGGACCAAUGGACCACAGCAUCACCGAAUGCAGAUGCGUCAUCGACUUCCUCUCUAUCAUCAGCUACCAGCGCCGUUGCUAGCGCUACCAGCGCCGUUGCUAGCGCUACCAGCGCAGUAGCUAGCGCCACUGCAGGAGGGGUAUCCAAGAUCUGGAAAUGGACCACAGGAUCACCGAAAGCAGAUUCGACAUCGACUUCCUCUCUAUCAUCAGCUACCAGCGCCGUUGCUAGCGCUACCAGCGCCGUUGCUAGCGCUACCAGCGCCGUUGCUAGCGCUACCAGCGCAGUAGCUAGCGCCACUGCAGGAGGGGUAUCCAAGAUCUGGAAAUGGACCACAGGAUCACCGAAUGCAGAUUCGACAUCGACUUCCUCUCUAUCAUCAGCUACCAGCGCCGUUGCUAGCGCUACCAGCGCAGUAGCUAGCGCCACUGCAGGAGGGGUAUCCAAGAUCUGGAAAUGGGCCACAGCAUCACCGAAUGCAGAUCCGUCAUCGACUUCCUCUCUAUCAUCAGCUACCAGCGCCGUUGCUAGCGCUACCAGCGCAGUAGCUAGCGCCACUGCAGGAGGGGUAUCCAAGAUCUGGAAAUGGGCCACAGCAUCACCGAAUGCAGAUUCGUCAUCGACUUCCUCUCUAUCAUCAGCUACCAGCGCCGUUGCUAGCGCUACCAGCGGAGUAGCUAGCGCCACUGCAGGAGGGGUAUCCAAGAUCUGGAAAUGGACCACAGCAUCACCGAAUGCAGAUUCGACAUCGACUUCCUCUCUAUCAUCAGCUACCAGCGCCGUUGCUAGCGCUACCAGCGCCGUUGCUAGAGCUACCAGCGCAGUAGCUAGCGCCACUGCAGGAGGGGUAUCCAAGAUCUGGAAAUGGACCACAGCAUCACCGAAUGCAGAUUCUUCAACGACUUCUUCUGUAUCAUCAGCUACCACCGCCGUUGCUAGCGCCACUGCAGGAGGUGUUUCCAAGAUAUGGAAGUGGGCCACAGGGUCGUAGCCAGAUCGGAAGGACGUUGCCACCCUUGAAAUUAUCAACAAUAUUGCAAUAAAGAAAAAUGUUUAUUUAUUUGGUUCUCCA